UCUCUACCGUGACGGUUUUAUUCACUGUCUCUUUCUCAAUCUUCCACAAAAGUCUCAACGUAUAGAGAGAAACCAAGACGCAAUCUUUUAGUAUAGAUAGAUUGAGAGAUAAAGAUAUGUGGGAAAGAUCAAAGAUCCAAUCUUGGUGAAAUGGCGGUAAGCUCUGCGGUGUAUUCAUGCCCGGGGAUGAUCGGAAGUUGUGGGCAGGUUAGAUCAAAACGGUGGAGAGUGAAGUGUCACUUGUCACCUGUAAAAUCCGCCAAGUAUUCCUCUAAAAUAUCAACCGAUAUCGCUCUCCACGAGUCUCCUCAGGCCUUGUUUGAUGAAUAUUUGGAAGACAAAUCAAGGGUUUUCGAAGCAAUGUUUCCGGAUAAACCCAAAAACUAUAGGCUUAAUGAGGAAGAAUGGAGAAUCCAAAUGUUACCAAUAAAAUUUUUCUUCCUCACUGCGUGUCCAGUGGUGGUCAUGCGGAUUAGAUGCAAAUCCAACGGUCAGGAUUACCCAUCAGACGUACCUCUACACAUAACCAAAGUUCUUGAGCUCAACAUGACGAAAUGGGAGCUUCAAGGGCUUGACCGAGUAAUGGAACCAACUGAUUUCACUCUUGGAGUAAAAGGAGCAUUAUACCCAGACCGGCGUGGAAGGCACACGAGGCUCAAAGGUCGACUAGAAACGACCAUUAGCUUCGUGCUUCCUUCAGUUCUCGCGCUUGUACCAGAAGAUGUUAGGAGAAACAUGGCCAAUGCGAUUUUGGCCGGUUUGGUGGAUAACAUGAAGCAUAGGGUUAUUGAGAGCUUGGUCGCUGAUUAUAGCAAAUUCAAAUAUGAAAGAAAAAAACACUAGUAAUUGAUAUCAAUGUUUGAUCAUGUAUAGUUCUAGAUCCAAUAUAUGAACAAUUGUGCGAGAUGUAGACCUCGAUUGUUUGAAAUAAUUGAGGCUUUUAAUCUCAAUGUUUAACCAUGUAUAGUUCUGGAUUUGAUAUGAACAAUAUAAACAAUAUACGUGACACUUAGGCCGAAGCUUUACUU